AUGGCCAGGCGGGACGGACCCCUGCGCGAGCUGCGGGGGCCCCUGCUCCCUCCCAAGGGCCGGGCGGGCGAGGACGACGACGACGGCCCGCCGGAGGACGCGGAGGAGGACGACGACCCUGCGUUUGUGGACGCCGAGGAGCUGUGCAGCGGGGCCGUGCGGGCCGGCGGCCUCCCGGGGCGCAUCCGGGCUUUAAUCCCUGAUGAAAACACUCAUGAGGAAUGCAUCGUGGUUGGACGUUUCCCAGUAACGGGUCCCUGGUGGCGAGUGAAGGUGCAAGUGACGCCUGUGGGCUCCGGGAGGUAUCAAGUUCAAGGAUUUCCAUCUUACUUUUUACAGGCGGACAUGUCACCACCAAGUCAAAAAAACAUCUGUUCUCUCUUUCUUAAAGAAUGUGAGGUCCCCAGGGAUGUUAUUGAUAGAUUUUUGGCAUGGGUGAAUAAGGUAUCAAGCUAUAAAGACCUAAACUUUGAAAAUCUUGGAGAAACAUUCAGAACUUUCCAAAAGGAGACAAGAAAGCAAGCUAAGAAGCAACUUGUACAGAAAGAACAGGAAGAGUUAUCAGAUUCUGAGAUCUGUCUUCCUCUGAAAAACCCAAUUCCGUAUAUACAAGUGAGGACAGCUUUGCAGUUUCCGAAAAUAAUGGAAUUCCUUCCGGUUCUUUUGCCCCGACACUUCAAAUGGCUCAUAAACUCUGGUUCUAAAGAGGUGUUGGAAGACAUAGAAGAGAUUUUAGGUACGCAUCCGUGGAAACUUGGAUUUAGUAAAAUAACCUACCGAGAGCUGAAGCUUCUGCGCUGUGAGGCAAGCUGGGCAGCGUUUCAUCAGUGCGAGGCUCUUCUCCAGCUGAUGACCAACGAGGAGAAGAACGCGCUGGUGACGUACGCAAAGCUGAAGCAGCAGUGCCGAGACCAUGGGCACACGUACGUCGAAGAAGCCGACUUAACGUCCAGGUUGGCGGGGCACAUGUCACCUCAGGGUGCCUGGGAGUCUCUGAGGUUUCUGAAGACUGUCGGUGUGGUGACGUAUGAGAAGACCCGUGUCUUCCCUUAUGACCUGUACCAGGCUGAAAGGUCCAUCGCCGGCUCAAUCUGGGACCUGAUGAGCAGACCGCCGUGGCGUUUGCGUGUGGACGUCAGGAAGGUGCUCGCCUCUAUCCACACCGUGCAGCCCGAGGGUUCCAGGAACAAGGGCACACUGAGUGAAAGCCAACCUGAUGGAACGGGAUUGGAAAGUCCUGAGGGCACUGUGGACACACGGGAUGGUGGCGACCAAAUGCGGCCUCAUGGUGGAAAUGGCAUCGGCACAGAAAUAUGUGGAGUCCGGCUGGAUCAGGAUCAGGCUGAAGUCCAGCUAGAUCAGGAUCAGGUGGCCGCCUUGGAGAUGGUCUGCUCCAAUGCUGUGACAGUCAUCAGCGGGAAAGGCGGCUGUGGGAAGACCACCAUCGUCAGCCGUCUCUUCAAGCACCUUGAGCAGCUGGACGAAGCGGAAGUGAAAAAAGCCUGUGAAGAUUUUGAACAAGACCAGGACGCCCCCGAAGAAUGGCUCACCUUCUCUCAGCAAGGUGAACUGGAGGCUGGCAAGGCCAUCAGUGUGCUGCUCACGGCACCCACGGGCAAGGCGGCCGGCUUGCUGAGGCAGAAGACUGGUCUCCACGCAUACACGCUGUGUCAGGUCAAUUACAGCUUCUAUUUUUGGAAAGAAAAGAUGAUGACCAAGGACAAGCCAUGGAAGUUUUCUUCGGUUAGAGUUCUAGUUGUGGAUGAAGGGAGUUUGGUGUCUGUCGGAAUCUUCAAGUCGGUUUUAAAUCUAUUACUUGAGCACUCCAGACUUUCCAAGCUUAUUAUUCUUGGUGAUGUUAGACAAUUACCUAGUAUUGAACCUGGCAACUUGCUGAAAGAUCUUUUUGAAACUCUUAAGUCAAGGAACUGUGCUAUCGAGCUAAAGACAAACCACAGAGCAGAGUCUCAGCUGAUUGUGGACAACGCUACAAGAAUUUCAAGACGUCAAUUUCCAAACUUUGAUGCAGAACUAAAUAUCUCUGAUAACCCAACAUCCCCCAUCUCACUUCAAGACAAGACAUUUAUUUUUGUCAGACUCCCAGAAGAGGUUGCCGGUUCUCAGUUAUCUAAAAGCAAUCAUCAGUCUUAUUUAUAUUCUGCGGUUAAAACUUUACUGCAAGAAAAAGACUUACAAGAUGCAAAAACAUCACAAUUUAUUGCGUUUAGAAGGCAGGACUGUGACCUCAUCAACGACUGUUGCUGCAAGCACUACACAGACCGCCUCAGCAGGGACCAUCAGAAUCGGCUUGUAUUUGGAGCUGGUGAUAAAAUCUGUUGUACCAGGAACGCCUACCUCUCGGAGUUACUCCCUGGAGACUCCUCUGGAAGUCAGCAAGAUAACGGUCUGGGUGCCAGUGGUGUACCUCAUGGUUCUGCUAAAAAUAAGCACGACUUUGAAAGUGAUAUUCGACUGUGCAAUGGAGAAAUAUUUUUUAUAAAAAAUGAUGUGACUGAUGUAACUCUUGGAUGUAAAAGACGUUUGACCAUUUGCAAUACGACUGGCUUGGAGGUGACUGUGGAUUUUAGGAAGCUCAUGAAACACUGUCACAUAAAGCAUGCCUGGGCGAGGACCAUUCACACUUUCCAGGGCUCCGAGGAGAACACCGUCGUCUAUGUGGUGGGGAGGGCGGGCCGCCAGCACUGGCAGCACGUCUAUACCGCGGUGACCCGGGGCCGCUGCCGCGUGUACGUGAUUGCGGAGGAGUCCCAGCUGCGGAGUGCCAUCGCGAGAAACAGUUUUCCCAGGAACACACGUUUGAGACAUUUCUUGCAAUACAACCUGUCCCGUGGCAGUGCGUCCCCGGCCGAGUUCCUGAUGCCAUCGAAGAGCUCUGGGGAUGCAGGAGGAUGUAGCUCACCAUCGCUGUCCCAUCUCCCCGAGGACCCGGCCAGUGCAGAGGCGGACAGUGUCGCCGCGGGUGAGGCCUCUCGGCCCGGCGACAGGACACCCACCUUUGCUGGUAGGUGGCAGCUCUCUUCGCCGCAUGAGGUAGAGCCGGGCCAGGAUGUGCAGAAGUCCCGAGGGUCCAAAAGAACAAGCGGCGUGAGCCUCGACUUGAGUCCAAACAAGGUCCUCAUGGUGGGAGAAUCUCCACAAGUGUCUUCCAGACUUCAGAAUCUGAGACUAAAUCAGUUGAUUCCCAGGCAACUUUUCAAGCCCACAGAUAAUCAGGAAACUUAA